ACCAUAGGUGACUUCUUGGUGAACUUUAAACUUUAUCAAGAACUUCUAUAUUAUGUCACAUAAAGAAACACUUUCAGAACAGUAAAUCGAAGGCUUUGUAUAAUAUUAUUUGCUCUGGUCUUUGUUCACCCCACCUCCCAAGCAGUGCUUGUUUACCUGUAACCAUACAAGAACCCUGUCCUCUCCUUCCCUCCAGUCUCUAUGCAAGGCUCAGAACCAUGGUGGGCAGCUGUCUGGAGAGGAAACAGUUCUGCCAGUGGCCCUGUAAGUGCAGGGUUAAGCCCCAGUGUGCCCCUGGGGUCAGCUCUGUGGUGGACGGCUGCGGCUGCUGUAAGAGCUGUGCCCAGCAGAUCAGAGAGGCCUGCAAUGAGAGGGACAUCUGCGACCCCCACAAGGGCAUGUACUGCGAUUUCUCUAAAGACCAGCUGCGAUAUGAGGCCGGAGUCUGUGCUUGCUUGAUGGCAGUGGGCUGUGACUUGAACGGGGUCCACUAUGAGAACGGCGAGGCCUUUCAGCCCAGAUCACUGUAUAAGUGCACAUGCACUAUCGUCUGCACCCUGGCCUUCACACCCUGUCCUGCUGUUCUCCUGGGUCCUGCCCCUCUGAGGAGCAACACACCCCUGCCAGCCGUCCUCCAGAGCGCCCCCGGUGCUUAUAGGAAGCACCAGCAGGAUACGACCUACAUGGCCGCCAUGCCAGGUAUAUGUUAGUAGAGAAAACCAGGGCCAGAAUUGCCAGCUUGUCUGCCCUGGAAGGCUAAUUGCUGUGAAAGUAAGCUGGAUGGAAAGAGGGAGGCAGAGGGCUUUUAAUGACUUUGGCUGGGAAGUACAGAGAGGAUGGAGUGUGCCUGACUGGCUGUUAGGGAGUAGGGUGGAUGGUUCCAGUCAUGAACGAAUGUCCAUAGAGAGCUGGAGCUCACUUUCCAUCAAAAGCAACAAGCCUCUUUUAAGUAUGCUUUGAUAUAUUUGAAUAAAUGUCUGCUUUGCUUGGCUUGAAAAACAAGAAAUAUCCUGCUUUCUAGUGAAUCUGAAAGGUUAGCAGCCACUUGGUCUUGAUGUUUUUGAUAUUGCCAUUACACAACUCGAAUACAGUAUAUCUUCAAUCGCUGAAUUCAAACCAUACAAAUAGGCAAUUGAAACUAUCUUGGCAUCAUGGCCUGCCUAAAGAUUUAUCUCCAACUGGGUUAUCCAAUAGUCUUUAGCAGGCAGAAUGAUUGAGGACUGAGGGCUCUUGAUUCUCUCUGAACAGCAUGUGCUCUGUGCAGGCGGGUUUCUUCCUCUAGCCGUCUGGGUGUUCAGCCCAGUGCCCUUUAAUACUGAAAGCUUACAGGGAUCCUCCUUUAGUCUGGAAGAAGAACUGCCUGAUCCAGACCGAGUCCCUGCUCCAAGACCUGUGGCCUGGGUAUCUCAGUCCGGGUCAACAACGGCAACUGUGAGAUGAGGAAGGACCGCUGCCUCAGCCUGCUGCGGCCGUGUGAGAAGAGCAUCAUGAAGAACGACGUCAAGUUGACCGACCACCGGCCAGACUCUCUAGGGGUUGAUGAUGCAUUGUUGAGAUGGUGAUGAUGGGUGAAAUGUAAAAAUAAUUCCCCCUAUGCCCACAACACCCUAAAUAUGACAGUGGUCUUGGAUUGACUGUAUACAUUGACAUUCACAGGUUCCUAUGUGAAUCUUAAGUAAUCAUUUGGUGGGUGCUUACAUUUGUCUUAUUUCAGGUGUGUAUUAAUAUGCAUGUGUGAAUUGGAUAUGUGUUUUUUUGCAUAUCCCAACUCUCCCUAAGACACCCUUGGAGUGUGGGAUCACGGCCAGGUUCAAUCUAUGUCCUUUUCCCCUCUAGAUGCAGAGAGGAAAGAUGUGUAAGUCCAAGUUCCAGGCCAAGAAAGCUGAGAAGCUGACCUUGUCUGGGUGUAGCAUCACCAAGAGUAUCGAACCCACUUACUGCGGCAUCUGCACCGACAAAUGCUGCUGCGUCCCCAACAAAUCCAAAAUGGUGGCCGUCAACUUCAAGUGCAACGGCGGCUCCAACGUGCGCUGGAAGAUGCAAUGGAUAACGUCCUGCGUGUGCCAGAGUAUGUGCGACGACCCUGGGGACAUGUUCGCAGAGCUACGCUUCUUCUAGCACAUUCUCUAGCAUCUAUAUCAACCUUUGAGCCUCAUCCAUAUCCCUGCCUACAGAUUCCAACACAGGCCCGGCCUUACUGCCUCUGACCGAGUCAUCCAUAUCCCUGCCUACAGAUUCCAACACAGGCCCGGCCUUACUGCCUCUGAC